UCCGUCUGGACAGAAAGCGGAGAGAGUCUCAGCUGCACAGACUGCUGCUGUGCAGCUUCAGAUCAUCUGUUUCUGAGGUGCUGAGCUCAGCAGCGCUCGGCCCGUUUUUACGACAGCUCGACCCAGUUUCCGGCUCUCUGACGUCACGGCUCUUGCUCAGCAGAAGAGCAGCUGGUCGUAAGUUGUGGGUCUGCAGAUGUUGUGCAGCCCGGGAUUAACGUCGAAACUGAUGGAAAACGAUCACCGACAUGAAAGAGAAUGACUCGGGUGACAGAGAGGAUCAGUGCAAAGACAAUGAAGAGGAAGUCCCCAUGAGCCGCAGUUUCUCGGUUGAAGACCUCCUCGAUGAGGUGGAGAAGAUCUGCUAUGAUGCUUCAGGGAAUACGAAGGUGGAGAUGGUGGUCCGGCUGUGGAAGGACGGCUUCACGGUGAACGAUGGAGACUUCCGCAGCUACUCCGUACCGGAAAACCAGCAUUUUCUGGAUGCGAUUAAAAGAGGGGAGCUCCCGGCCGAAUGGGAGAGCCGAGCGGAGGAGGAGGAGCUGGAGAUCAGCAUGGAGGACUUCACCGAGGAAAACUACGUCCCCAAGAAGAAGGUGUUCCACCCCUUCAGCGGGCGGGGGUACAGACUGGGCAGUGUCGCCCCCAGAGUGGUGGCCAGGUCGCCGUCCGUGCACGAGGACGGAGAAUCUCCCCCGAUCCCCAUGGUGACGCUCAACCACUCGCUUCCCGUCACCUCCCUGCAGAUCUGGUUGGUGGACGGCAGGAGGUUGGUGCAGAGGUUCAACCUAUCGCAUCGGAUCCUGGACGUUUACGACUUCGUGGCGCGCUGCCAGAGGAACUGCCCGCCGUUCACCCUGACCACGUCGCUCCCCGCCCAGGAGCUCAGCGACAGGAACCUGACGCUGGAGGAGGCGGAUCUGGCCCACGCCGUCAUCGUCCAGAGACCGCUGAACACGGAGCAUCCGUUCGGACACUCGUGACGGCGGCGUUCCCGUGCCGCGCUUUCCGCGUCGCUCUGAGGUGCCUCUGAGGAGUUCACGCUGCCUUCUGCAAACAAACCCACCCGCCAAAUGCAAAGGAGUGGACCGGAACCCGCCCUCUCCUCGCCUCCUCAUCGCACUCUUCAAGUCUUCCCGAAACGCCGAAACUCUUAUGCAGCGAGGAUGAGUUCUACUGACGAGCAUGCUGUUGGUUUGAUGUUAUUUUGCACGAUGAUUCCGUUUAUGCAGUUUUUUGUAAAUUGUUGCUUGUUUUGAUGAUUUUGAUGAUUUAUCUGGAAAACGAAUCACUGAAAAAUCACUGGAAAAUGCAAUAAAACUCAGUUAAAAGUU